AUGAUUAUCGCCAUAAUUGCAGCUCUUUCUUCAUCUAUUGUAAUUGUCAUUGUUGGUCUCUUAUUUGGGGUAUAUUCCUCCUUCAAGAUUGUAAAGCCGUUCCAUAAUUUAAUAGAUUUAUUUGCAAGUGUUUCAAACAUGGAUUUGGAUAAUAUCAUUGUUCUUCCAUCUCCUUUCAGAGAAGUUCAUCAAUUACAAUUACACUUCAAAACUAUGGUUGUUAAGAUUAAACAAUAUCGAUGCUUUAUUCCUCCUCACUUACUAGCUCAAAUUGAUGCCGAAGGAGCUGGUGAUGAAAAUGAUAGGGAUUUUGAAAAACCUUCCAUUAGAGCCGCCAAGGAUCACAAUACAACACAAUCUUCUCUGAGAAGUGGGAAAUCUUCGAGACAUUCUGGAAUUUCACGUUCAGGAAAUGCAACAUCAAAUUAUCAUUCAACCUCCAACCAAUCAUCAUUCCGUCCCGUCUCCAAAUCACUUUUCAAAUUGGGGCUUGAAAAGAAGAAGAUUACAGUGGCCAACUUUUAUUUUGUGGGAUUGGACUAUUGUAUGGAAAAUUUAUCAGACUCAGAGCUUGUAACAGUAAUGUCAGAUUAUUUCGAAGUCAUUCAAAAAGUUGCCAAACUCACUCUAGGACAAUUGGGUUCUUUUGAGGAUAAUUCAAUGACCAUCAGCUGGAAUUCAACAUCAGAAGUUUCCAAUCAUGAAGAGAAGGGUGUUGCCUCCUCUCAUCAAAUCCUCCUUAAACUUUCACAAUUGAAAGAAACUAAAUGGAAAAAGAAGGAACAUUUAGUUAAGAAAGAUUUAUUACAAAACGUUGAUUUUAGAGCUUCAAUUUUAACACAAGUUUGUAGAUGUGGUACGCAAGAAAUUAAAACCUACUCAAUUGUUGGAAGUUAUCUUCACAAUUUACACAAGAUUAUGAAACAUGGUUUGAAGUUGAAUGUCAAAUUGAUUGCUUCUGAGGAAACUUUGUUUAAAUCGAAUGAUACUCACCAACAUAGAUUGGUGGGAGUGAAGAAGGUUCUUUCUCCAGAUGAAACAAGCGCAGAAUUCUUCUCUGACUCUCAAAAGAAAAAACAAAAACAGAAGAAGGCAAAGAAGGAGAAGGAACUUUGGGGAGAUGAUGUUUCUCCCAUGCCAACCACCAUGAAGGAUUACUUUGCACAAUUAUCACAAGAUUGUUCCGAACAGGAGGCAACCAUUCUUGAUCAUGAACCUGUACAACACUGUAAGAAGGAACGAAAUCCUCCGAGUGAAAAGAAGAAGGAAAAGAAAAAGAAUGCCCAGCCAGCAUCUUCUUCAGUUGCCGCCACUUCUUCGGACGUUGUGGAUAAUGAUGAGAAUAAUGAAACUGAUCGUGGAAAAACGCAAGAAUCUAAAAAGAAGAAACAAAUGUCGAAUAGUGAUUAUUUGGAAUUAUUGGAAUCUUCUCUUGAUGAUGAAGAGAAGAUGAUUUAUUCGAAUUCAUCAAGGAUUACAACAACUGCAGCAAUGACAUCAUAUAUCUAUGCAACACCAUAUAAAGUACUACCACCAGUACAGCCACCCAAAAGAAUUGAGCUACCUCCAACCUUUGACAAGAUUGAAGAUCUUCUUAAGGAACUCAGUUUAACCUUUGAAUAUUUCAAAGUUCAGGAUAAUUCAACAAGCAAAACAAUAUAUUUGGAAAAAUUAGUCCACAUGACAGAUUCUCUCUCUAAAAAGUGUUUUCAGAAGGCAGAUAAGAAUGCUAUUUUCAUGCUAGGAGGGUUGAAUUUUGUAUGUGUAUUGUUUGCAUAUUUUGCCUCUGGAGAGAAUGAAAAUGAACAAUAUGAAAAGAUUAUCAAUUCACUUUCCUAUGUUCUGUAUAGAUUUUCAGAUCACAAUAGAGCUAGAAGUGCCAUGUUGACAACUGGUGUAUUCUAUUCUCUGUGGUAUGUUGGAGGGUUGAGUAAGAAUAUUUCUACACUUUCACAUGUGAACGAAGUGAUUGACUUGUUGGGAGGUCAAUUAUCUAUUGGAUUCGAGUUGAGUAAUCUAUUGACCAAAUCAAAUAGCCAACUAUUGGAUAUUUCUUACAUUUCAACAGAAAAGACUGUUGAUUCUUCAUCACAAACAAUCUAUUCAGAUGGUUUCACUUUCCCAGAUACAUUUUUGGGCGUUGGAACAGAUUUUGUAUCAUUAUCGGAGAAUAACUUUCCAAUCCAAUUACAUUAUUCGAUUAUCAUUUCUAGAACUAGUAAUUUCCUCUCUGAUUUUUGUGUCAAGUGGGAUCCAACAACGGGACAAGUUGUAGAGAAUUCUAAAAACCCUGGCUUUUAUCUAAUGAAAGAUAGUAACAUUUCUUGGUAUGCUCUUUUGAAAUUCGUACAGUUAUUGUACACUGACAAAAUUUCUGUAUGUAAAGAAGAAAGAGAAAGAGAGCUGAAGAAUAGGAAUUCAAUUUUUGAAUCCAAACUAGUGUCGGAGGGUUUUCCUCGCUUAUUAACUACAUUGAGAAAUCAAAAAACUAGGGAAAAUGCCAUAAAUUGUAUGAGCACUUUAACAUCUAUGGAGGAUCACGAGGAGUGUGAUAAUGGUGGACUAUUUGAUGAAUUCGAUAAUGAGCUCGUCAAUGAUGAGUUGAAUUACUUUUUUGGAAAGCCACUCAAUUAUUGGUAUUUACCAAAACCAAAAGAGAAUAACUUCUCAACUGAUUUUUUGAGAAAAAAGGAGAAAAUUAGACAACAAGCAAUUUUAUUGAGUGGAUUGGAACAAGAUCUGGGAUCUUUAUAUGUGGAAAUGAUUAGCAGUCAGACAUUUAAAGCCGAGGAAGCUAAAGCUCUGUCAUUCUAUCCAAAUGUUAAGGUAAUGCUCGCCGACACUCUCGGAGAAAUAGACCACAUUUUGGAAGAGCAUAUUAAUUCAAUUCCAGUUUUGAAGAAUAUUAUUGAUUGUAAAGGAUUCUACCUUCACAAAUCAAUACUUGCAACAAGAAGUGAAUUUAUGAAAAAGCUAAUGCAAUACGAUUUGGAACAAACAGAAAAUGGCAUGGAUGUGGUCUAUAUCAACAACUUUUCCCUUUCAACUUUAUUCACAGUUUUCCAAUUCAUGUAUGGUGGAUUGAGUGAAGAAGGUUUCCCACUCCUCUUCACUGAAAACUUAGUGGAAUGCUUUUUAGCAGCUGACAUGUUUCUUCUCUUUGGAUUGAAAAAGUAUGCAGAACAGAAAAUAUGUGAACAAAUUACAUUGGAAAGUGUACAGGAUCUAUACCACAUUUCAAUCAUUUACAAUUCUGACCUCAUUAAGGAUAAGUGCAUUGAAAUCAUGUCCAAGAAUAAUAUUAUCUAUGAGAGUGAUAUCAAAAAGUUAAAUAGUACUGGUUCAAAUGGGAAAAGCCUUUCCGAUGUGUUGAAGAAUGAUAGGGAAUCACUGUUGAAGAAUCCGAUCCAACUUAUUCAGCUAAUUCAUCACGAAAUUGAUCACAUGGUUGAAAAAUCAAGGAAAAUUGAAGGAGAGUUGAGUACUCACUUUUUGAAUAAGGAUUCAAGCAUGUUUGUUAAAAAGGAAGAUGAUGAUAAGAAUUCUUCAUCACCAAUUACAAUGAUUUCACAAUUUGUGGAAAAGUUGAAUGGUUCUGAGGGUGGAGUCUUGGCAAGCUUUCCAAUUAAUACUGAGCUUGUUGAAAAAUUCAAAGGAUCUUCUGAUAUAUUACUGAAGGCCUUUGAUACUAUCAAGGAUCAUUUGGGAGAUGGUUCACUUGUUUCAGGUGGGUGUAUGUUUAGUAUUGUUGCAUGUUGUGUUGCUGCCAUGUUGGAAGAAAUUGAAAAUAAUGCAAAGGAAGAAUGGCAGAAACUCUAUUCAGAAGCAAAGGAAACUAUUGAUGAAUUCAAACAAAAGAUUUCAUCUACACUAGUGGAAACUAUUGCCAAGUUGAAGGAAAUUGGAACUGAAACAUUGAAUGAAAUCAAACGAUCCAUUCAAAAAGGUUGUGAGUUGGCCUCAAGUUUCCCUAAGGAAGUUAGAGAAGAAAUUGAGAAUAUUGCAAAGAGACAUUUGGAAGAGUUCAAGAAUGUCACCAAUCUCAUGAAACACUUGAAGGAAAAGAACUUUUUAACAAAUCAAUUCGAACAAUUCCAUCAAGAGUUCAAGGCUCUUGUCACUAGUUUUGCCGACAGAUUUAUCAAGGAAUUAUUAGGAAAUAUUAUUGGAACCAUUGUCAAAUUUUUUAAAUCUAUUGCUCAAGUCUUUAGAGGUUUGAUUAAGGAAUCUUUUGGAAUUAUUAUUGAAAUUGUGAAAAAGAUCUUUGAAUUUGUCAAGUCAGCCCCAGAGAGAUUGAGAAAGAUAUUUGACUUUUCAGGAAAUUGUAUGGCCAUGCUA